CCCGGAGACAGAGCAGGGGGGCGGGGGGAGCACCGGGGAUAUGGCGGAGAGAGGAGAUAGCGAGGUGGAGGAAGCCGGCCAGGUUUUCCUUUUGAUGAAGAAAGAUUACCGAAUAUCUCGGAAUGUUCGUCUUGCUUGGUUUCUGUCUCACCUUCAUCAGUCAAUUUCUCCAGUUCCUGAAUCUGAACUGGGUUUGCAUGACAAUGAGCUGGAAGUUGUGAGUGUCAUCCCUCAUGGCUGGCAGCCUGAUGAGCCAGUCCGACCUGGUCCUUUCCUCCUUGUGCCAUCCACAUGGGUCACUUUCCUGGCACGGCAGUACCGCUUUGUUAUAGAACUGGAUCUUAGCCCUUCCACUGGUAUUGUGGAUGAUUCUACAGAAGAGAUAAUUUUUGAUGAGAUCUUCCAUUCCCUUUCACGAUGUUUGCUGGGACUGAUCAGACCUUUUCGUAUUCCUGGAUCAAACACCAUUUUCCGACCUGAAAUCUUUGUUACUAUUCAGGCAUAUUCUUCUAUUAUCGGCCUGCAGAGUCAUCAGGUGAUUGUUCAGGGCUGUCAGCUAGAAGAACAUAAGCUGCAGGCAUUUCUCCAGCAAGUUUAUUUACAACUUGGGGCUUUUGAAAACAAAAUUGCGGAGAUGCUGCAGCAACAGUAUCGGCCCCAAACUCAGGAUUGCCUUCCUCAAUAUGGAACCAUGCCAUCAGGUAGGAAGACGGAGGUUUCCAUGGUUACAGCAGACAUUGGGCUGGUUAGCAUGAUACGACAGGGCAUUUUAGCUUUGCAGCUACUGCCGGCCAAUUCCAGCGCAGGAAUCAUUGUAAUUACGGAUGGAGUUACCAGUGUUCCAGAUGUUGCUGUGUGUGAAACACUGUUAAACCAGCUGCGCAGCAGUACCAUAGCAUGCUCAUUUGUGCAGGUUGGUGGGGUAUACUCCUAUGACUGUAGCUUUGGCUUUGUACCAAAUGUGGAGUUGAUGAAGUUUAUUGCCAUGGCAACCUUGGGGUCCUACCUGUCUUCCUGUCCAGAAGUGGAGCAAGGACCCUUGGACAUUAAUGUGUAUCACAAAGCUCUCCUGGUAUACUCCUUCUUAAGAACAGGCGAAGCCCUCAAUCCGGAAUAUUACUGUGGUUCACAGCACAAACUUUUCAAUGAGCACUUAGUGUCAGCGAGCAGUAAUCCAGCACUGGCCACAAGGCGAAGGAAGCACGCGGAGAAGGAGGUGCAUGCGGACCUAGUCAGUGUGGUAUCAGUGCGGCUAAGGGAAGGAUACAGCAUCCGUGAGAUCCGUAUUUCCAAAGGUCUUCUGGAAGUGAAGCUGGUCCUUCUUUGGAAACAUAACAUGCGCAUUGAGUACUUAGCGGUGGCACCGUGGCCUUUAGACCCCUCCAAGCGUAGUACACUUGUGGAAGUUGUUAUGGAAGGAAGCUAUGACAUUCUACACGAUAUCAGCUGCACUUUAAAAAAGCCCAUAACCAGCAUGUACCGGACCAGCGUCAUCCGACGCUUCUGGAAUACCCUGCAGAGCAUUAGUCAGACAGAUCAGAUGCUGGUUCAUCUGAAGUCUUUUGACACUGUGCCUGAGCAUUUCAAAAUCCCUGAGAGUACCAAAAACGGAGUUCCUCUCUUCUACAUCCCUCCUGGAUCUACAACCCCAGUGUUGUCCCUUCAGCACAGCGGUUCUGAUUCUAGUCAUUCCCAGUUUGUUGCUUAUUGGAAACCAAUUCUCUCAAUGGAUGCAAACUACUGGCAGAGAUGGCUGCAUGUGCAUCGUAUUGUGUUACUACUAGAGCAUGACAUGCCCGUACCAAAGCACCUCCAUACUCCAGGAAAUAACGGACGUUACAGCACGGUCCAGUGUCGGAUCUCUCACACGGCGCUUACGUCCCUACUGCGAGACUGGAGCAGCUUUGUGCUUGUGGAAGGAUAUUCUUAUGUCAAACUAAUGCUCAGUGAUCUGGACCAAUCGCCUUCCUCAUUUUGUGUGGUGAGGAUCAUUUGGAAAGCUCCCUGUAUGGUACUGCGGCUGGGGUUCCCGCUAGGAACUCCGGCACAUAGCAGGAACCAGAUAGUGGAGGAGCUUAGAGAUCAAAUCCUCCAGCUUCGUUUCCCACACCGAGUACAAAGUAAAGAAACUACACCAAGGGUCAAGAGAAAAAUGUUUGGCAUCACCUCUCCAUCCAAAUCACCCCCACCCCAGGUGGCACUGCCGGCACUGUCUGACAGAUCCUGCCUGGUCCUGCUGCACAAACCGCUGGAGAAGUUGCUUAUAAAAUAUGAUAAGUUGCCUUUGGAUUACCGAACCCCAUUCAUCUUGAACCUGGAGAAUCUGGCGCAGCAUCCGUCGGUGCCAGGGCCCCUUACUACCAAUCGUUCAGCCUCUUCUACUCUGGCCUCAUUGUCUCGCUACUUCUAUCACCAGAGGUGGAUCUGGUCUGUCCAGUCAGGUCUGGCACCAGUAGUACCAACUGCUGCAAUGGCACAAAUCCUCUCUACACUCACAGAGAUCCGACUCUCAGAAGGAUUUCAUUUUGCCUCCAGUGGAGAAGGGGUCAUUAAUAUGGUAUUGGAGGUCCCUAUUCAGAGCGAUUCUUUAGGUGAAACGCACAGCUGCAUCAUCCAAUACAUCCUUUUUCCUCCUCAUGUGACAUCUACAAAAGACAGCUUCUCUACGGAUGAGGACAAUGACACAGAGGUGGAAGCCAUUGAGCAAGACACUGAGUUACAUCUGGUGUCCGAGUGUUGGGUGGAACCACAAAGUGGCCAUGUUAUGGGCAACAUUGAGAGCUGGAAACACUUGCAGGGCCUGACAUACUCCGAUAUACCCCAUGCUCUGUUUCCCAGAGACCAAAGCUGCAUAGACAUCAUGCUGACCUUUGAAUACGUCAUUCAGUUGUGCCAGAAUAAAGAUGGCGGAUCCCCUGUUCUAGGAAAAGUUGACACCACAGAUCCCCCAGAAAGCAAUGGGUUGUGUAUACGCGAGGUCCCAUUUCACUUUGACCUAAUGAGACUACUGCCGAAGUGCCAGCAGAUUGAAAUGUUCUUCCUGACUCUGAGUCGAGCAGAAACUGAUGGGGCUGCAGUGGAAACUUCAUUGCAAAACGAUCAUCUUCUUAGCCUAUUUCACAGCUGCCUUCAGAAUGACAUCAAUGACCGUGAGAUCCCACUGUACGAACAGGAUCACCUGAGUUUUAUGAAACAGGUUCUGCAGCGAGACCGUGAGGGGCAUAUGUGCCCAUUCUCAUUCCCAAGAGACGAGCUUCAAAGAAAAUCAUCACCCCUACAGGAAUCCUCGUUGUCACCUCACAGUAGCAAUCACAAAGAUGUUGUCAGCUCUCCUAGCACUUUACAGAGUACGUGCCCCAUUGAAGCAGCUGAGGACAGUAAAUUAUCUGUCCCUAGCGAGGGGGCUCCGCAGUGGCGAUGCUAUGCCCGCUUGGUGAAUCCUCAACACAUACUGCUAACAUUCCUCCCAGCAACGUUCUCAGAUGUUCAGAAGCUGAUGCCCUCCCAGGAGUUCUCGCUCUCAUCGGAGGAGGAUGUGAUGUGCAGUGCCUCCCAUUCUGAUUUGCUUCCUCCUAGCUCUUCAGUCCCUAUUCUCAGUAUCACUCCUGCUUUCGGUGAAGGAGAAGAAGGACAUCUGAAGAGAGAGACUCACAUUUCCUUUAGCCGCCAGUCUUCUUUACAAGACCGAAGUUCCAGUCGUCGGUUGCGCUGCCCAGUGUAUGUGUAUAACUGCACUCUGGAUUCACUGCGGGAACAGUUAAUCAGCCCUCGGCAGCAGAGACCGGCCAACGACGUGUUUUUCAGCGAGUUUAAACUACAGGACACUGUAUCCUGGGAAAUCUUCCAAGAUAUGAAAACCAGGUCCUAUUCUCAAGAACGCCCAUCAGCGGUUCCACUCAUUCAUCACAAACAAAAGGAACUUGUGAAUUAUUGCAGUUUGCUGCAAGAGCAUUAUCAUCAGUGUUAUGUUAAAGGACUGUUCAAGGCUCUCCAGCAGUCACUUUGGGUAUCGCACCAAGACCUGCUCACGGCUGUGGAUUACUGUGAGGAACAACUGCAGGAAAUUGAUAUCUCCAACUUUCUGAUGACACUGUGUGGGCACCUUCGCAGUUUUCGGGAGUCACAGAGGGCACUCUUCAUGUCUCCCAAUGAACGCCCACAAAAAGCCAGUUUUCGUAUUGGUAGCAUGGAGCAGGAAGAAGAGAUUUGCUCUCGAGACCCUUUAGUUUUGAACUCUGAAUCCAGUGUGGAUCUGGACGAGGGCAGAGAGCAAGACCAGCCUCGUGUGAUGUUCAUCCCAGAACCCAGCAGACCUUCCAACGUUGAACUCAAUCUUUCCCUUUUAGAUAGUGGACAUCCCUGCGAGGUGUCACCCGAUCUGCACAGAAUUAUUCAGGAUAAAUUUCUGGCAAUUGGAAGUCUUCACUUCAAGACCGUGCCCUCAAAUCCACAUUAUUUCUUUUACUGCCCUCCAUCUACAAAGAAAGAAGAGGAGAUUCAACAGGAAGAAGUAGAGCGAAAGCACAGUGAGGAUUUGGAUAUGUCUGAGGCAGAGCAAGCUAUUGAGGAAGGUAAUAUAUCCACAGGGGGCAUUGCUACUGAAAGUGACCCUGACCUGGAAGUGGAAUACAGAGAACAUUCUGACAAUGCUGAAUCUUUGUCUGAUUCGGGGACUGUGAACCAAGAUGAAGAUUCUUUCAGUGUGUUAGGGGGAGACUCGCUGAAUGGUCACGACUUACCAGAGCACGAGAUGCCCCCGCUGUUCGUGCAUCUUAUCUGUUCAGUAUCGCACAAAAACCAACACGGUUCCAUGCCUGUCCUGACCUUGCCCACGUGCCUUGGUGAGGUUAUUGGUUGUCUUGAGAACAGAGAAUCACUGCAGAGCAUUAAUCUGGCUGAUCUGAGUGUGAUGCUAGAUAUAUAUGUGCUCACGUUACCACUUGAAAUAGAGGGCGUAAACGGAGAGGCACAGCACACCCGGUACACAUCAGAGAGCAGUACAUCCUACCCACGCUCCCCUGCACAUCCGUCUUCAUAUCGCUCAGAUGAGGAAACACCAGCUGUGUUAGAGAGGUUCCCUUCAAAUGUGGAACAAAGAUACUCUGCUCUUUCAAGGCUCCCUCCAGAGCACAAACAGGCAAUAGAAAUUACAAUGAGCGAGAUCCGCUGGUUGCUUGAGGAUGAGCUGGUCUCUGCUUUACGCCACUCAAGUGUCAUCAGUCGCUCUGUCCUCCAUAAAGUACUUUUCCAUGUCUGUGGGUCAGAGGGACGGAAACAUUGUCACAGGGAACUUGUCCAGCUGCAGUUUGUGUUUGGACCUGAACAUUCUCUGCAAAAGUUUAAAGAGGAGUUCCGUCGCCUCUCACUCUCGGGGUACCAGCUUAACGAGGAAGAUGACGACUAUUACUAUGUGUCCCUUAGCCGUCUUCACACUCAUCAAGUGGAGAAUUCCACCCCGCGACAUCUGCAGGUGCAGGCAAGAUCAGCAGGGCAGGCAGUGUCUGCUGGGAACCCAUGGCAGGAGCCUGAUAUCAGUACAGCCACGGAGAGUGUGGAUGAGGAAAUAGAAACAAAAAUGGCAGCCAGAGAUAGCCUAGCCGGGGACAAGGUAUCGGAGGAUUGUAAUGAAUGGGGUCUGUCUGCAGUGGAGGUGUCUGAUAGUGAUGUUUCAUCCAUCAUGUCUGGAGUAUCCGCUUUAGAUCAGGGAAAUAAAAUACCUGCUGAAGCCUCUUUUAGAAAAGAAGACAACCCACCCAAAACGUCCUCAGUCGUCAGCCUGCCGGAGUCUGUGCACUCUGGCACAAUGAAUAGCACAGGAGGAUCCCGGCAACGUCCGAGCCGGGUGCAGAGUUUGGUCUCAAGUCAUGGCAGCAUUGAGUCUGAUCACUUGGGUUAUGAUGGUGGCAGCAGUGACUCUGAGUGUGAAGAUGCACUGAUAAGUGAGCAGGAUUCACGCUGCCCCUUAAUGCCAGAUUUUUGGCUCAUUGUGAAGAUUCUUCAGGACAGGGUGGAAGUAUGCACUCAUGCGAGUGUUGGGUCUGCUCAUGAUGGAUUAGAAGAGGUUGAAGAAAGUCAACGGCUUCACCAGCUUAUUGUAAGGAAAGUGGGAGAAAUCUGCCGAGUUGUUAAUCAGCGUUUGCUGCUUCAGGAUCUUCAUGAAACCCUCUUGUGCAACAACCUUCUGGUUGCUGAGAGCGAGGAGGACAUCUGGAAAAGUGAGAGCCCGUAUGCCUCAUAUCGCCAGCGUCUACUCGCAAAUGAAGAUUACUCUGGGGAAGAGAGUUACCAACCAAGAAAUUAUCUGGCAGCCACCAUGCACUUUAUGCCUGGACACUUUGCCUGUGACGUUGUCUGGAACACAGUUAUCCACAUACAUCCACGCCUGAAGAUGGGACCCAACAUGGGGGUUUCCAGAGCUAUCCAGUCCCUGAAGACUGUGCUCAAUCCCUUUUCUGUUGUAAACAGGAAAAACAUGUUUGUUUAUCAGGAACAAUCCACAAAAUCUGUCUUCUAUCUCAGGCUGUCCGAGACUUCAGUUGCUAGCAGACAAUGUGACAUGGAUUUUGCUCAGUCUUUGACGUCACGUUCUUUAGCUCUUUCUCGUAGUCAGGAACCUAUUUCAUCAGAGGAGGUUACUGGCAGUCGCUUGUCCCUAGACCUUCUGUCUACUCGAAGUUCAGACUCUACGCGUCCCGUGGGACAAACAGACAAACACAUCCUACUGUUGGUGCACGGAGUGGGGGAAGCAGGUUCAGAAAUCACUGACGAUUUGGUAAAAUCGCUCCGUAAACGCCUGGAUGAGGCCACACUGGAUAUAAUCACUGUAAUGCUGCAGAGGAACUGCAAAUUGACACCAGCCGAUGUAGAGUUUAUUCAACCCAGGCGUACGCCACACACAGAGGUGCUGCUGUUUACUGUUCCUCAGUCUGCCCUGCCGUGUCUCCAAGCCCUGGCGUGUUAUCUGCGUCAGAACCUUCUGAUCUUCCUGCAUACACCGAAAUACACUGACAGCAACGGAGAGCAUCAUUUUCAGCACUAUUAUCACAGCUCACUCCCUGAACAAGAUCUCUUUCUGUAUAAUAAACCCGGAGGGCAAGGCACGGGAGGCAAAGGUAUUGCUUGUAUUGCUCUGUCCUUUGUUGAUCAGCAUGGGGCCCUGAUAUCACAGGCAUAUGUGGAUAGGCCCAUACCACCUCUGCUGUCCUCCCCUGCAUCAGCAGAUCUGCUUAAGGCCAGCACAUUUGAUUCUCUCACAGAAGUGAACAGAUUUUUGCCUGGCUCCAAUGCUAAGGAACAAGGAUCUGUUACUUUGGUGCGCUUUGAUGUGUGGGAAAAAGGAAACAUAAGUUCUUCCCAGUUAUCGGAGCGACUGGGCAACUGCUUGCGCCACGCCCUCUGUGAUGUCAUCAUAGAAUUCCAUAUACUUCAGAUGCCUCUGUGUGAAGACACACUCAGCCCAGUGGGAAAUGAUUCUGCUAUAAAUGGUAAAAGUCCCUCCCAGUCUCUGCCAGACAUGAAGGGUUUGGUGCAAUCAUCAGUAAAGCCUCAUCCUCCUCCUGUGAAUAUUCCGCCUGCUGACAUCACUAGCGGCGCUGAGCCUCACACUCCUCCCAGCAAGACUGGGCGCAGAAGUUUCUGGGAUAGAUUGAGUAAGCCUGAUAGUGGAGAACUUGGUCCUCCGAAAACCACAGAUGAUAUUGUCAGUGAACGCACUGAAGAACCACGAACCCGGCGCCGGCACAAGACAGAGAGUGUAAAAGUGCAGAGUUUCACAGACAAAUCUGGGAUAGGAGUUGAGCACGCACAUAGGAAGCGGCAGGCCCAGCUGGAUGAAGGGGAAGCGGGAACGCUUCACCCCCUGUACAGUCAGACUUGUCUGCAGUGGAUGAACUUUAUGAGUGAGCUAGGAUGUCCAUCAAUCCAGGUCUGCUCUGCACAGACUGUUUCACGCUUUCUGCUCCCGUCCGUGCUGGUGGAACUUUUCACUCUCAUCACAUCCUUGGCAAGCGACACAAACGUAAAAGUAUUUGAAAAAAUCAAUGGCUGUGAAAGAACUGUGUUUCUUCCAUAUUCCCCCAGUCUGCACAGCGCGCCACACCCUACAGCUGCCAGAGAGCUCAUUCUCUUAGGGCGUAAUUUUCACCAGUGGCGGUUCAACACUGAGCAAGCUCAAAAAGGCUUCCAGCGAUUUGAAGCUAUGGAACUUGCGUCUUCAGAGCGGCCUUUGGACCUUACAUCACAAGGUCGUGGAUUAGUCCCACGUCAACGGUUCCUCUUUGUAGAGAUUCAGGACAAAAAGCUAACCUUGUACACCUAUAACUGGUCUUCAGAUCUAGGGGCAUCUUUGAGUCGCUCUCUGGUGCGUUUGAUACAAUGGCAAAAUGCCCGCGCACAUGUGGUGCACUGUCUGCUGAGUCAAAAACUAGGACUCUUCCAUCAUUACUGUUUCACGGACACUCCUUUACAUGAUGACAACAAGCAGGAUCCAAACCCAUUCCUGAACUCAACCUUAGAAGUGGACGCUCUGAUCAAAAGCGCAACACCCCCACCUUACAAAGAACAGACUCGGCUCAGUGCAGCAGGGCGCAGCUUGCCGUCGCUUCACUUCCCUGCAGACAUGGUGCCUUUCGAUGAGGUUCUGAGGGAUGUUAUGCCAGCUAAGCCCAUGCAGCUAUUAUCUGAGCUGGACACUGUGUCCAGACAUGGGGCUCAGUUUCUAGAGCUCAAAUGCACUGAAAGAAAAGAGGUGGAAAAGCAACUAAAGAUUGAGAACCUGUUUGUGACGUGGCAGCAGCGGUCCGCUCAGUCCAACAUGCCCAUCAGUGCUGCAGAUUUAGACACUCUAAAGCAAUCUGCAAGACUGGUUCAUUACUGUGCCACGCCCCUGCUGUUUGACCCAUCAUUCCAAGCGCAAGUUCAAAGUGACCAGGGCCGGAGUGAGGGCAAAAAGCGACAUCGCUCCAAUGACUCUGGCACAUCUGGGAGAGAUCGCAGUCACAGUUGUGACUCUGCUGAGAUACCACCGAGUAAAGCGAAGGAGGAGCCGUGGUUGCUUGAACUAUGCACAGCAUUCAUGCAGCAGUAUAUUCAAUACCUUCAAAGCACUGGCUUUAUUCUUGUGCAGUUACGUCCUGCAUCACCGGCCCGCAGCACUGCCAGAAUAAGAGCACUUGCCUCUCUAGCUCCAGAGAGCAGGACGGCCAAGCCAAAAAGUGAGGGUAGUCCCAAGAGCGGAAGUUCGCCUGUAACCACUUACCACUUGCAGAGAGCCCUACCUGGCGGUAUUGUGCUGAUGGAACUUUCCUUCCAGGGCUGUUAUUUUUGUGUGAAGCAAUAUGCUCUAGAGUGCUCCCGCAUACCUAUGGGACAGUCGGUAAACUCUCAGGGUACCCACCCAACCCGAAUUCCUAGCAAGAGGGCCCCCGAAACUACAUGCGAGUCUGCGCUUUCCAUGCUGUUCACAGAGGAAUGUGACAAAGUUCGGGAUCUGAUGCACGUUCAUUCAUUUAGCUAUGACUUCCACCUCAGAGUCCUCCAUCAGUAUUUGCUGGGCUCCAGCAUGUCCUUGCGCCAGGGGUAUGACCUUGCAAGCUUCCUACAUCUCUUCAUCUCUCAGCAUCCAGAUAUCCCAAAGUAUGGCCGCAACCAUGUCUACCAAGGAAUGCUGUCCCUUCCAACUGGAAUGAUUGCUGCUCACCAACUGUAUAAUUACAUAGCUGAUCAUGCAAACACUUAUCACAUGAAGCCUCUGCGUAUGAUCCGGCCUACUCCAACUGGUAGCAACGGGAAGAAAAGCGGCAGCGGAGAACAGAACGAGUACGGCUUGGUGUCCAUUUGGAACAGCUCCGGGUCAUACAAGGAUUCUGAGGGUCUCAGACACCAUGAUGACUUUGAUGUGUCACUGCUGGUCUGCCACAACGCUUUGCCAUUUGAAGAACAGUCUGAACCAGAGAGACAUGUCAUGAGACUUCGGUUCUACGUCAUUAUGACCAGCCAGCGGGAGCUGUUUCCCCGUCUCACCGCUGACAUGAGGCGGUUUAGGAAGCCACCAAGGUUACAAAGGGACCCUCUGGAGCUUGAAGGGGCUUCAGAACUUGGAAAGUGUCGGAGGAUGGAGAUGGAGAAUAUUGAGGAUGCCAGGGAAGGAGAACAGAACAGGAUAGGGGCUGGGACCCUCUACAACCCUCACUUGUUCCCUCUGCUAGCUGCAGAGGUUGCCACUGCGCAGAGACAGCUCAUUGACAUGGUGCAACUUGCAAAAUGUCACUGUCGCAGGGAUAAUUUGUGGAAAAGGCUAUACCUUCUGGAGCCGCUUGCUUCCGAUAAACUGCGUCUGGGAAAGCUGAGCUCCAGUGAGCUCCAGGAACUGCUAGAAGCAGUGCACGGGAGGAGCGUGGCCGAGAUUGAUCCACAGCUGGAUUUUCUCCUGUCCAUGAGCGUCCAGUGGUAUCAGAGUCUUAUCAAGGUGUUGCUCAGCAGAUUCCCGCAGAGCUGCCGACAUUUCAACAGCCCAGACAGUGGCACCCAGUACCUGGUUGUACUGAAUCAGAAAUUUACAGACUGCUUUGUCCUCGUUUUUCUGGACUCCCAUUCUGGCAAAACGAGCCUGAAGGUUGUGUUCAGAGAACCAUUCCCAGAGCAGCCGCAGAACAGUGAGAGCCCAUUACCUCAGCUCGUCUCCACGUAUCACCACCUGGAGUCCGUUAUUAACACUGCCUGCUUCAACUUGUGGAGCGGUUUGCUGUGACAGCACUCUAGUGCCAAUCAGGAUUUCCAGUGCUCCUAAUGAAAAGAAGAUGCGAGCCUAUGCACAGAUAACAACAGCUGAGAGAUAAUUAUUUAGUUUCAUUCCAAAGCACAGGAAUAAAAAUAGUCCGGAGGAAAACAAGGGGGCUUUUCUCACACUACAGUGCUCAGAAUUGCACAUAUAGAUCUCUGGAACUUUGCUUUGCAGCGAUUGGCUGUUGUAUUAGCCCCAGAAGCCACCUUCUCAAUGCUGCAGGUGAAUGUACAGCUCUCCGCGGGAAUCCCCACGCCGUAAUACUUCUUACUGCUGCACUCUUUGUUUUGAAAUGCAGCAAUUUCAGUAAAAAAUACAUAUUUUAUGUAAAUGAUUUGUAAAUUUAAGAGACUCUUAAUUAUUGAAUAAACAAAAUUUAUGUGUACAAAUAA